AUGUCUGUCUCACCGAUACUUGUUGUGUUCCUUGCAGUUAUAAUGUUCAAUCUUGCGGGACUGACUCGGCCUCAAUUACAAGAGCCAGCGCCUCCUGGUGAACUCACUAACGAGCCACCCAUUGAACCACAAGAGCCACCGCCACCCGGUGGACCCAAUUACGAUCCACCGAGCCAAACAGAGACGCCAGUGUCACCACCACCGAAGACUCUUACAAGACGGAACCCACCCCCCAUUGGCGUCCCUGAAAAACCCGAAGAACGUUCUGUGCGAAAGCCCAUUCGGCCACCACCUUUGCAUUCAUAG